AUGGCCGCGGGGCACCGCCGCCGUCUUGUACCAGGGGCGGGGGGCGACCCUCCACGCAGCCCGCGCGUGGAUGGCUCCCCCGUGACACCUCUGAGGGGCGUGGCGGGGCACGGGCGGAGCACUGCUCGACGCGCCGCGGCCACGAGAACCUCCCCGAGCUUCGGCGGCAUUUCCCCCGUGCAGAUGCCGCGGCGUGGAAGCUUUGGUGGCCCUCGUGCCACCGCGGGGCCUAGCGGAGAGGUAAUGCUGCCGCGGCGCGCCUCCUUGCCGGGAUCUGGUGUCGGAGCUUCUUGCCCUGGCACACCCGAGUCUCCACAGGGGUCUCCCAGCCUCAAGGCGCGGGCUCAAUCUUCCGCAGGCCGAGGUCCAUCUCCGGCCCCAGGCUUCCGAGCUGCCUCCCCGCUGCCUGCUGGGAAGGCCUCGUCCACGGUGCGGCGAAGAGAGUCGCAGCGAGACGUCCGCACGCCGCCUUCAACUCCCUUGGCUCGUCGACCCCCGCCACGCGCUGUAUAUCAGGUGAGGCUGGCCGCUGCAGCUCCUGGCCCGAGGGAACCACCGUCCUCCUCCCGCGACAAGUCUUCCUCUAAACUCCCAGUAGCUGCCCUUAAAGGGGACGCCUCGCCAGGAGGCGGCCGCACCCUUACUUCUCGGCCUGGUGCGGCCAGAGCAACGCCGACGCCACGGGGAGGACGGGAAGCCGAGGCAGGAGAAGGUCGCAGCACAGGACAGGCUAGCGCCUCGUCCCUCAAACUGGACACUCCGCCGCGCUCCCUCCCACUGUCCCUGUCACUGAAGUCCCCGAAGCCUGGGGCAAAGCAAGUGACCCAGGACCUCAGUCCCUCAAACGGGAUAACCUCGUCACAGUUCCAGGGUGGCCCGAGGGGUGGCCAGCGUGCCAGUUCCACUCCCCACCUUGCCAGGAGCUCGACACUUCAGGAGAAGGCCGCCACCAAAGUGGCCACCUCCCCCGUCAGGGUGGUUGUCCCACGCCGCUCUCCCAGUGACGCCAGCAACCACAAUGACACGAGACUAGAUCGCUCGCUGAGCAGCAGCUCCACGCAGAUCAACACGCGAGCCGCCACAGGACCCAAGAGCUCCCUUGUGGCAGGUGACCCCGCCAGCCGUGCCCGGAUCGUGCGGCGCGUCAUGGCCGGUGGUCGCUCAAACUUAAGUAAGAAGAAAUCUUCCUCCAAAACUUCACUGACGGUAGGUCGUCAAAACCUAUACAACCGCGCUAAGUCAGGCUCGCGCUCGUCCCUGCUGGGUUCACGCAACAACGUGUUCCGCGCCUCGCUGGACUCACAACGCACCGAGAGCACCACUGACUCAGGCUGCAACUCCCCUCUAUCUGGCAGUCAGUGUUCUCUCGACGGGGACCGCCGUCGGCAUGGCUCCCCACCCUCCCCUGUCCCCAGGACUACUGCCACGGACCUCACAAGCAAGACGAGCUCAGCUUUGGGACGCCUCUCGUCCUCCAUCCACACUUCCCGCCACUCAGAGUCAUCCAUUAUCAAGGGUUUACAUCUCGGAGCUGGCACGAGCAUCAGGACAGAGGGGCGCGCCGAGGUAAAUUCUGUGGCUGGUGGAAAGAGCCUGUUGUCUGCCCACUCCCUCAACAGCAGCCAGCUGGUGAGGGAGGUCACCAAACCCGUGGUGUCGGUGAAACGAUCGUUCAGUCUGCAGUUUACGUGUGGAGCUGUCGCGCCCCAGACCAACCUUCGCCCUGCCAACAGCAGCUCCCGCUUGUCCCGGUCACGCCUCGGCAGCCACGAGGAAAGGGAGUCACACCUCCAGCCGGGCAUCAAUGUCUCCAUCCGAUCCCUGGUGCCUGACACGCCGCCCCGGGCCAGCGAGGCGCAGCGGAACGAGAGGGGGCGAGUUGGAGCCCGGAAGGAGGUUACUAAGGUGAGCAUUGUGGCCGAGCCGAGAACACGCGAGGAAAAGGGCAUUCAGGUGGAAACCCUGAGCAGCGAGGAGGAGGAGGAGGAGGAAGAGGAGAUGGAGGAAGAUGAAGAGGAGAUGGAGGAAGAGGAAGAAGAGCAGGAGGAGGAGGAAAUAGAGGUAGAACAAGAACGGGAAGAAAAUGAGGAAGAGACAGCAGUAGAGGAGGAGAAAGGUAAAAAAAAUAAUGAACAAACCCAUUCUUGUCUGGACGUCGCUGGUGACGAGCGACAUCAGGAUGAAGUGUCUCCUGAAGAACAACUACCUGGGCAGCAGGUGUAUACCCCACCGAGUGUGAAGCAGGCACCCACUGGACAGACUGUUCCCGCCACUAAUGGAGGACUGCACGAAGGCCUGGAGAGUGGGGAGGAGGAGGAGGAGGAGGAGAGUGGUGAUACUCACCUGAUGCAGCGGCUUGAAACUUCCCUGGCAGACAUCAUCGACGCCGCGGUGCUCAAGAACCUCCGCAUCAAUGGCAGCAUCCUCAGCGACCAGUUUGACGCCAUCAUCGCCACGCUCAAGAAAGUGGCGGCGUCCGUCGAUUCUGGAGAGACGGGCUCGCCGCACCCCUCGAAACGGGACUCCCAGAGUAGUACUCGAAGCUCCCUUGGAACCCCCACCUCUCCCCUCAGCCCCCCUCCUGCGCCAGUCAGUCCCCUGUACCCCUCCGGCCCCCGCACCCCGCCCACCAAGACACCGCUGUCACUCUUCUCUAUAAACGAAUGCCAGGCGGGACCGGCAGGCACGCCGCCGAUACGGCCCCGCAACAGGCGACUCUCUCUUCCCAAGGACUCCCUGCAGGAUGCCCCGUCAGAUUCAGGGUCCCGCAGUUCUCACCACGAGCAGGAGGAGCCUGUCAGGGACUUGCCCAGUCCUCACAUUUACGGCAGGAAGAACAGCACAGGGGCGCUGGGGCUGUGGGGCCGCGGUGCUCCACUGCCUCGGAACGGGGCGCUCCGCCCCACUUCCACUACCAACAGCGUCACAAACCUGUGCUCUGCUGAAGACUACGCGUCACCAUUCAGUGGUCCAGCCUCCACCCUUCCGGUGACGACCAGCGGGGGCCGCGACCAAAGGGCGGCGGACCACAGCUGGCUGGAGCAAGAUUUUGACGAGUUGCUGGAAACUCUGUCCACUGAAUCCUCCCCGCACCACGAUCCACGCGCGCCCUGCCCUCCCACUGGCGAUCGUGACGCCGCCUUGUCCUCGGCCUCUUCCAGUAAGAGCGACAAAUGGAGGACUGCCCGGAGGGAGGCGCCACCGCGGCCGCCGACCGAGAGUUUCGUGCCGCAGCGUGUGCCAGGUCCCCCGGGGGCCGAUGGCCGACACAUCUUUUCGUUCUUCCAUAAGAAGGGCCGGAGCCACUCCCUCUCCGGUACGGAAGCGAUCAAGAUGGCGCUGCCGGCCACGCCGGAGGUCGAGCCUCAGGCCACCGCCCCACCCCGCCCCGCGCCCCGCACCGCCCGCAGCAACAGCAUCCCCUCGAGUGCGCCGCUGGGCGUGGCGGCGGGCACCAGCCUGCCCCUCGAUUUGGCAGCCAUCUUCAGGCGGGGUCGGGGGCGGCCCACGGAGGGUUAA